AUGGAAAAAACUAGAAAAAGUGGUCAAUCAACCAUGUCAGAAAAUGCAGAUAGUUCAGUAGAAAAUGAAUUGGGUUGUGGUCUGAUGGGUGUUUUUUUCACAAGAAAUACUAAGCCAAAUAAAUCAACAGCACCACCAAUUCCAACCAAGUCCAUUGACACCAAUGCUGUCAAGAAUUCAAGAAACUGGCGAAGCAGCUCUUGUGGUAAGGCAUGUUUGGACUCCAGGAAAUCAACUAAGCUAGGUGACAAACCAUUCAGAAAAUCAUCCUUAAACAGUUCGAGGGAUUCGACUUCUUGUGAACAGAAUAAUAUUAGAAGAUCUUCAUCAGAUGAUACGAGAAACUCGCAUAAAGCAUCAUCCAAUUUUUCUAGUGUGACCAGGAUGUCACAAGUUGUGAACUUUGCAUACACACAAAAGCUUAGAAGAGAACCAUCUUUUUCCUCAGCUGAUUUGAGCAUGACAAUCUUUAGCCAUCGAAAAUCAAGGACAAAUGGAACGUUGAAUCGCAGUUCAACAGGCAAUGUUAGCAAAUUAAGCCACUUGGGAAACUUGAAGUUGCAGGGGAACCAAAAUCCCUCUAGUAACAUAAACACUAGCCAGAAAAAAGGCAGUGGCUUGAUGGGAAACAUAGUAAGGCAACCUAGUGUAAGAAGCCAUCAAUCCGGGACUACGUUUCGCGGUUCUGCAAACAAACUAGACCCUGAUGUACUCAAGUCCAUAGGUAAUGAGCAGUAUAGACAGGGAAAGUUUGAGGAGGCAUUGGCUUUAUAUAAUCAAGCAAUUGAAAUUGAUUCAAAAAAUGCUUGUUAUUAUAGCAACAAAAGUGCAGCUUUGAUGAGUUUAGGCCGCAUAAUUGAGGCAGUGCUCGCAUGCAGAGAGGCCAUUGGGCUAGAUCCUUCUUAUCACAAUGCACAUUUUCGUCUUGCUAGACUAUACCUCAGACUCGGAGAUGCUGAGAAAGCAAUAGAUCAUUAUAAAGAAUCAGGACGGAAAGCUGACAAGAAGGACAUUGCUGAGGCUCAUGAUAUUAAGCGACAAAUCAUAAAAUGCACAGAAGCACAGAAGCUGAGAGAUUACAACACAUUGCUUAAGGAAACACAUAAUUCAAUCUCCUUAGGAGCAGAUUCAGCUCCACAGAUCUUUGCCAUGAGAGCUGAAGCCUUGUUGAAGUUACAUAGACAUGAGGAAGCAUACAUGACAAUUGAGAAUGGACCUGAUUUUCAAACUGAGCUGUGUACUAGCCUUUUCGGUUCAGCAAAAACAGCAUAUUUGUUAAUCUUUCGAGCUGAGGCCUAUGCAACUAUAGGCAAGUUUGAGGAUGCCAUGGUUGCAGCUCAAGAAGCAGUGAAAUUGGAUAAAAGCAAUGAAGUAAUUAACACAACAAUAAGGAGAAUUAAAGGGUUGGCAUCAGCUCGGUUAAAGGGCAAUGAGCUUUUCAAGGAAAAUAAAUUCUCAGAGGCUUGUUCCGUGUACAGUGAAGGACUAGAACAAGAGCCACACAAUUCUGUUGUGCUAUUUAACAGAGCAGCAUGCCGAUUCAAGCUAGGACAAUUCGAAAAAGCAGUAGAAGAUUGUAGUGCGAAGAGCUGA